GCAAACUCCUAUUCAUGGUUACCCACCUUCUCUUCUCAACCUCCUUCUAGAGUCAAACCCUUCCUCAUCCUUCUUCCACCUCCUACUUUCACUUUCAUACCCCCCACUAAUCAAAAUCUCACUUUCACACACCCAUUUCAUAUUUUCUUCCAUUUCAUAUCCAUAGAUUUUCCUUACCUUUACAUGUUUCAACAUGAAUUUCAAAACCUGCAGGAAAACAAAAAGAGGUUGCUGAAUCACAUCACAUGCAAUGAAACCUUAGUUGAUACUCUACAACGUUAUUGGAAUUGAGUAUUAUAUAUAUAACAACAAAGCUUAGUUCAUUUUGUGUCUUUACUUUAUACGGCAUUAUUAUUGGGAUUGUGAUCUUCACCAUGGCAACCACGUUUAAAGGAAUUUGCAAGAGUUUGAAGUACAUUACUCAGAUGUUUGUUGUGAAGGAAAGAGAGAUGGAAAUUGGGUACCCGACGGAUGUUAAGCAUGUGGCUCAUGUUGGAUGGGAUGGUCCCUCUGGGAAUGGACCCAGUUGGAUGGAUGAUUUUAAAAAAGUUCCUGAAUUUUCAACAUCAAUUGGUAACUUGGAUGAAAUUAGAGACUCCGAUCCUAUGGCUGUCACUUCAUUAUGGUCCUCCAUAGAAAAUCAACAAUCAUCAAACAUUUACAAAGGCAUCUCAUCUGCUGCAGGGGAUCCUCAUAUUGCAGAGAAGCCCAAGCAGAAAAAGGUUAAGUCAGCUUCCUCUUCCCGGUCACCAUCAUCUUCAUCAAGACGAUCAAGAGCAUCAAAAUCAAAGGCUACCUUCAAUGAGAGAGAAGCAAUACCAAUUGCUCUGAUGUAGCAGAUUCAAGACUAGGAAAUUAGCGAUAUUUGGCAUCACCAUAUGAAACAAAGUAUUCCUUUCCAGUAACCAGGGAAAGAAUGAUAAUAAAUAUGGCAGUGAAAGUUUUCCUGGCUUCUAGUUGGUAAAUUAUAAUCUAGUCCAGUGGGAGCAAAACCAAAUUUUUCGUUUGCAGACAGAAUAAAUAAAAAAAUAAAAAAAAACUAACGUGGUUAUUCACUUAUUCUGGGAAGGAAAUUUGUAAUGAGUGUUUGGUUUUCUCCAAAUCAUAUGCUGACCUUGAACUUACAAGCUGUGUCGUCAAUUUUGAAGAUUUAAAGGAAUGGCAUGGUGGUGUUUAGUAGUUGAAUGUCCGUUCUGUGGCAAGUGGCAUGUUUUUUCUUGUUUAUAAAUUAUAAUAGUCCAUUUUGAGCAUGCACUGGGGUGCUCAAAAUAUGGAAAUGGUAUUUGCAGCGUUCAGACGGACCUUGUAGAUUUUAUUUGUGCAUUAUAUGUUGUGACACUAAAUGAUAAGUAUUGCUAUUUUUCCCAUUCGAGUCUUUGAAAGAUAUUGUGAUGAUUUUCUCGUUUGUUCAUAGAUACUCCGAGUAGGGUAAGAUCAAGUCCUCACAGUCACAUAAUCUGCUCUUAUUGUGGCAAAUUUAUGGGCAAUUCUAAUU